AUGAUUAGAUUUUACGACUGUGUUAGGGUCUUGCGGCAGUUUCGGGGUUUCCUGCGCUGCGCGGAACGGGUCCAGCGACCAUUUUUUUCGGAGCCGGGAUUUGGCAGGGAAAAUCAUGUUGUCCCGGUUGGCUGCUAGAUCAGCGGCAGUGGCUGCCCAGCACCACGGUGCCCGAGUGUGUGUGGUGGCGCCAUCUCGACUGUUCCACUGUUCAGGACAGCAUGGCCGUCCCAUCGAGCCACUGCCUGAGGAGGGCGGCAAGGUCAGGAUGGGGGUGUUUCCAGAGGAGUGGUUCCAGUUCUUCUACAAGAAGACUGGCGUGACCGGCCCGUAUGUGUUUGGAACUGGGCUGAUAGCAACACUUCUGUCCAAGGAAUACCUGGUCGUCAAUAAUGAGUUCAUUGCCGGAGGAAUUUUUGUAUCCUUCGUGGUGUACUGUAUCAGGAGGUUCGGCCCUGAUGUAGCCACCUAUGCUGACAAACUGCGCCAGGAAAGACUUGACUUCAUUGACAACAAGAAGGGAAGGUUCAUCAACGACUGUGAAACCGCCAUUGAGACUGAGAAGAAGGAACAGUGGCGAGCUGAGGGUGUGGACUACCUGUUUGAUGCCAAGAAGGCCAAUGUAGCCAUGCAGCUGGAAACAGCUUACCGUGAGAGACUACACGAAGUUUCCAACGCUGUCAAGAGGCGACUGGACUACCAGCUGGAUGUAGAGACCACCCAACGUCGCAUGGCUCAGGAACACAUGGCAGACUGGGUCGUUAACAACGUGGUCAAGAGCAUCACCCCGCAACAGGAGAAAGAGGCUCUUGCCAAGUGCAUUGAAGAUCUGAAGCGUAUGGCCAAGGCCUCCUAACCAGUUAUACCUGCGUGUGUACAGUUCAAAUGAGUAGACAAACACCCCGUGCUAAAGAUCCAUUAUGAAGUAUCCAACACUAAAUACCACAUGGAAUAUCCAGACUAUAUGAAGAGAAUGUGUAAGUUUUAAGAGGAGUGCAGUUGACUUGUCAAAGCACUGAAACUUCUUGUCAUAAAAGUGAAUAAAUAUGUCAACAUUGCCAGUGGCAAAA